UUGCAUUUAGACGCAACAUCGACGGCCAAUUUAGAACUUAGGGGGAGAAGCGCGGGCUGUUCGAACAUGUGCGCGCCGCUGCUGACGACGAAGACGCUCAGCACUCGAACGUGUUUUGAUGGAGUAUGUUUUUCGAGUGUUCAAUGUGCGCUGUUAUAGAGUUACACGAACUUCUCCUCUACACACAGUCUCUGGUUUCGCGGGGGAUGAGAUCAUAAGUUUAUAUAGUAUUUCGAUGUACGGAAAAUAUAUCGUUGGUUGGCUCACAUGCAAGACGCCGUCAUCAUCAGUCAUCGAAAGUCGCUCCGGUUAAUUGAAAGCAUAGAUUCGUCGUGAUACUUAUUUGAAGCAGGCUGAUCUAAGCAGCAGGCUGUGAUGCGCGCAUAAAUCGGGGAAAUAGUGUCAAACAGAUUCAAUCUAAGCGUGCGAUGGUUAACUUCCGUCGACGGACCACACAAACGGCAACAUGAACCGGAUCCACUGACCUUCUCUCCAAAGAAGAAUUAGAACAAAUCGUCGUUCCUAGGCAAACUAGGGCUCAACUUAAGAUGGCAGUGUUGAUGUCCUACCACCGUUUGAUAGAGAAAGAUUCCCAACAUGUGAGCUACUGCUGGAAAAUGUCCAUUCUGAUAGUGCUGAUCGUAACGGUAGCGUCCAGCUUGAUAAUAAGCUUUAGUUUGUACUCCUUGUGGGAAAGCUUUGGUUUGAAUUGCUUUAUGGGAGCAAAUUUGAGUUUUGUGAUUUCGUCGGAAGAUUUCGGAUAUCUGCCAGGCACGGCUCAAUUGAAUCAGAACGGAAGACAUUCGCGACAAAUUUUGCAAGAAAAUUCAACGGACGAGAAAUACAUCAUUCACGAAUACAACAGUAAAUGGAGCAAUCCGGACUUUUGCGAGUAUCUCACAUACACACCGUUAUUCCACGCGUUACUUGGAGUGAUUUGGAUGGCUUUAUUUGUGACCCAUGGUCACGGCGGUGAAGGCGUUGGAAGUAUAAUAGCUCGACCCUGGAGAAUUGUCAUUCCAUCCUUAGUAUUCUUUGUCGUAUGUGGCAUUUCGGCUAUUGUAUGUGCUGGACUGACGACCAGUGGUUUGACUAAAUUCUGCCAACAAUUCAACGAAGUCGUUCCCAACGGAGAAAGCGAAUGCGCGCGGCUGAUUAGUUAUUUUUCUAUGGAUCAAGCAAACGAUCUUGUUCGGCCAGAUAAGAACUACUACCUGGUGGCAGUUUUUCCUUGGAUUUGGGCUAGUAGUUACGUUGUAGGUGCCCUUAUUUUGGUGCUUCGCAUCGUUCUGGUUGUUGAUUUCCAGCUAAUUCGAAUCGUUGUUUCCACCGUCGAACGAGAUAUGGAAUCGACACAGAGCGACCAGCCCCAAAAUGUUACAGUAUUGAACGAAGGAACGCAGUUUAGUGCGGAGGCCAGCGGUUCAGUAGAAUUGAGAGAUUGAUGCUGAUUAAUCUGUAAAAUCCUAUUCUUCUUUCAUGUAACUAUUGUGCUUCCAGUGACUGUGUUAAUGGACUAAUAUGUGAUAUCCCAGUUUCAAAGUCUCUCUAUAGUAAGAAUUUACAACGAUGUGUUUUCAGCUAUGUCUAUAAUACUACAACUAAUGUUAUUCGUAAUAUUUUGAUUUUUUUUUUACAUGGUAGCAGUAGAGUUGUAAUAAUAGUGACUUAUAACAUAAGUUUUGUUUUAAUAAACUUCUACAAAGCUCAGACAACCGAAACUCGCAAAUAGUA